UUUUUUUUUUUUUUUUUUUUUUCUGAGGAAGUGUUCAAGGGUUUUGUGAGUAGAAAAUAGGAGACUGAAAAAGAAACACUAAAAAGAGGAUCGACUGCUACAAUAUUAAUUUGCUUGUGUUAAGAAAAAAAUGUUGUCGAGUUGGAGAAGAGCUGCUUCUCGAGUGUCGAAGCUUAACAACAACAAAGAACUUUGUAUCCCACGCUUGAGCUAUGCCAAGGCUUCUGCAGCGGCUGUAGCACAUGCUUCUGAUGAUUCUAGGCAUAAGAACUUUCCCAGCAAAUCACCGGUAAAUUUGGAUAAGAUGUUUUGGUCUAAGCCUUGUUCUUUGGCCUUGGCCCUGGAUUCCCCUUUCAGGGUUGAAGAGCCAAACUAUCAAGGCUUCCGGCGUUUUGUGCUUAAGCUCCUGCUGUUUUAUAGUAAACAAAGCACUUCUAUCAGGGGUGCAAAUGUGGUAUACCAACGCAUCAUUUCACAAGUUGAUAAACCUGCCAUUUAUGAAGUUUUCAAUUUGGAGAAGACAUUUAAAAUGACAUUCUCAUUGCUUGUACUCCAUGUGUGGCUUUGUUUACGCCGUUUGAAACAAGAGGGAAAGCAAGGUGUUGAAUUUGGGCAGUACUUGUAUGAGAUUUACAAUCAUGAUGUGGAGCUGAGAGUCUCUAAAGCAGGGGUUAACUUAUUGUUGACUAAAUGGAUGAAAGAGCUGGAGAAGAUAUUCUAUGGAAAUAUUGUUGCUUAUGAUUCUGUUCUACUUCCAGAGGUUAAAUCCAAUGAGCUCGUGAAGGUGGUAUGGAGAAAUGUAUUCUCUGAUGAUGGUAAAUCAGAGCCAGAUGCUACUGCAUUACCGGCGGUCCAGGCAAUGGCAAGAUAUGUACGCCGCGAAGUCAAUUGUCUUUCUUUAACAGACAAAGAAGCCUUAUUUUCUGGGAAUUUCAUGUUCACCUCCUUGGAUAACACAUCAUCUGAUGCAGCAAGGAAAUGAAUGGACAUAGCAGGUAUUGAAGUCCUAUGAGAGAUUUCGGGGUUAGAAGGAAAAAAAAAAAAUGCUCCCCAUGCCAUACAGAAGAAUGCAUAAAGCCAAAUUAAAAGCAAUUACUUUGUAUUAUUUAUACUAUUCUUUUUACUUGAAUUUUUUUUUUUUUUUUUACUAUUUCCGUAUUAAUUUUUAAGGGAAAGUGAUGAGCAAGUUGAUAUGAUGGGAUAACAUUGCUAUGCUAUGCUUUUGGUGACAGGUUAUAGCAGGAGGACAUUUCUGUAAAUAGAAUAAAUGAAUAUUUAUUUUUUAUAUACUGUUUUUAAAAAA